UGAACUCGGCCUCACACAGAUGCAAGCAGGGGACUUGUCUGAAACAGAGGGGGAAGAAUCAGCUCUCUCUCAGCCUGUGCCUGGUGCGAGUCCAGGGCAUGGUGAGGGUAGAAGCGUGAGCCAAGAUGGAAGCAAUAAGGCUGUUGCAGUACCAGUGGUGGAGAGAGUAACCUGGACCAGACAAAUGGACUUUAUCAUGUCGUGCGUAGGAUUUGCUGUAGGUCUGGGCAAUGUGUGGCGCUUCCCUUACCUUUGCUACAAGAACGGAGGAGGCGUGUUUCUUAUCCCCUACCUGCUGAUAGUUUUCUUUGGGGGCAUCCCAGUAUUUUUCUUGGAAAUCGCUCUGGGACAGUUCAUGAAGCAGGGAGGGGUCUCUGCCUGGAACAUUGUCCCUCUUUUCAAAGGUCUUGGCCUGGCAUCAAUGGUGAUUGUGUUUUUCUGCAACACCUACUACAUCAUGAUUCUUGUGUGGGGGCUCUACUUUCUCUGCCAUUCUUUUACCAAUCCACUGCCAUGGGCCACCUGCGGACACCCCUGGAACACUCCCAAAUGCACAGAGGACUUCCAUCGCACCUGCCAAAACAUUUCUCAAGACAUGAAUCACAGCUGUAUAGAGAUUGAUGGCAUGCGCUCCCCAGUCCUGGAGUUUUGGGAGCGCAAAGUUCUCCAUCUUUCCAGUGGGAUUCAUCAGCCCGGUAGCAUCAACUUUGAGGUUGUGCCAUGUCUUUUUGCCACUUGGAUCAUUGUUUAUUUCUGCAUGUGGAAAGGAGUUAAAUCCACAGGAAAGGUUGUAUACUUCACAGCUCUGUUCCCUUAUGUAGUUCUGGUUAUUCUGUUGGCCCAUGCCGUCACCUUACCUGGAGCUUCAAAUGGAAUUAUAUACUACCUGAAACCAAAUUGGUCCAAACUGGGAGAAGCACAGGUAUGGAUUGAUGCUGGUACACAGAUUUUUUUCUCCUAUGCCAUCGGACUCGGUGCUCUGACUGCACUGGGCAGCUACAACCGCUUCCAUUACAACUGUUACCAAGAUGCAUUUUUACUGGCUGCCGUUAAUAGUGGAACCAGCUUCUUUGCAGGCUUUGUCGUGUUUUCUGUGUUGGGCUUCAUGGCGGCAGAGCAAGGUGUGGACAUCAGUAAGGUAGCUGAGAGGGGUCCAGGCCUGGCCUUUAUUGCAUACCCCAAGGCUGUGACUUUAAUGCCCCUAGCACCACUCUGGGCCGCACUCUUCUUUUUUAUGUUACUGAUAAUGGGCCUGGACAGUCAGUUUGUUGGAGUAGAGGGUUUGGUAACCGGAAUCAUGGACAUGCUUCCUCCAAAGUUUGCUCAGGGCUACUUGCGACGAGAGGCAGUAGCAGGCAUCUGCUGUAUUAUCUGUUUUAUCAUUGACUUGUCCAUGGUCACAGAGGGAGGGGUGUAUGUCUUCCAGUUGUUUGACUACUAUUCUGCCAGUGGUAUCACUCUGCUGUGGCAGGCUUUCUGGGAGUGUGUGGUGAUUGCUUGGGUUUAUGGCGCAGACCGUUUCAUGGAUGAUGUGGCUCGUAUGAUUGGUUAUCAACCUCUGCCUUACAUGAAGUGGUGCUGGUCCUACAUCACGCCUCUUGUUUGUGUGGCAGUGUUCCUUUUCCAUGUGGUGAACUUCAAGCCCCUAACCUACAACAAUGUGUACAUCUACCCAUUAUGGAGUGAAAUGAUUGGCUGGGCAUUGGCUCUUUCCUCUAUGCUUUGUAUCCCGCUUACUGUUAUCUUCAAGUUGCUGCGCUGCAAAGGAUCACUGCGUGAGCGGUGGACAUACCUCAACACCCCACUUUGGGGCAGCCACCACCUGGAGUAUCUUAACCCAGAGAAAGAGGCCAAACUGCUGCCUCCUGCAAGACCCAAGAAUACUCAUCUCUCCGAAAGUGUCAUCUGAUCUCAAAACCGCCAUAAAGCACAAAACCCUUGUUGUCCUUUUGAUAUCAGCAAACACCCACACUAAUUCUACUAAUACUUAUAGGGGCUGUUUGCAACAUGGACACAGAUGCUUAGAGAGCGCUAACUUUCCGAUGUAUUUGAAUGGCUUCUAGGACAAAUGUACCUAACAAAUGCAUGCGCAUUAGCUUUUGCUGUUGACAGCUAAUAGCGAUUCGGAUAGAUAGCAUUGGCUAUUAUUGAAUGUAUCAUAACAACUACACAACUACAAAUUGUUCGUUGCUUCUCUUAGACAGCUUUUGCAUGUAUGCACGCUGCCUGCAUGCCCCAAUCGUUUCAUUCCGGCCGACAAAAUAAAAUUACCUAAAAUUAGUAAUUGUGAAAAAUAUAGACAAUUGUAAAACAUCCAUCCAUCCAUUUCUACCGCUUAUUCCGUUUGGGGUCGUGGGGGGUGCUGGUGCCUAUCUCAGCUACAUUCGGGCGGAAGGCGGUGUACACCCUCAAAGUCGCCACCUCACCAUCACAGGGCCAACACAGAUAGACAGACAACAUUCACACUCUCAUUCACACACGAGGGCCAAUUUAGUGUUGCCAAUCAACCUAUCCCCAGGUGCAUGUCUUUGGAGGCGGGACAAUCUGCUGUUAAACCACUAAUGGAAACAUGAUAACCAAUGGUGGUGUUGUUAUAGUUUUAACUUUAAAAAAUAACUGAGCAAGUGCAGAGCCCCUUUAAAUGGUUAACUGUCUGAUAAGAGCAA